UGGUUGUCUUCUCACUAGCACUCUCGAUUGUCGAUAUAAGCAGGACCGUUUCUCGUAGCGUGAGAAGAUAGUAAAACUUUUGCCAAGUGUCGACUGGAAUUAGGAAACCAGUUUAUCCAACAAGAUACCUAAGUUUUAGAAACUAGACUGAAUUGAUCUUUGGACUUCUGACACUUUCGUGGAAUAUUUUUCUAUAUCUGAAUUCAAGAAUUUAUUGUGAAAGGAACACUUUAAUGGAAGCAAGUCGUUGAUACAUAAUACUUCUCAAAGAUCAUGUUAAAUCCGUGAAAUUUGUCGACCAAGGAGACUAAAGUGGUUAAAAAUUUAUGCUGUAAACUUGUUAAGUAUAAAGUUAACACCAAUUACACUAACAGAAGCGUACCAGUAACUAAAAUUAUGUCAGAAAUCACACAGCUUUAGAAAUAAUCAGACAAAGUAUGAUGGUGUGAACAUUACUUUAACACCUCACAAAAACGUAAUAAUAAUGAGUUGAAAUAUAUAAUAAUACAUAUAAAAGUAAGUGUUAAUGGGAACCUCAGAUAGUGUAUCUCUCGCAUUCCACUUUUGGCGAUAGUUUUAAUAUUGUGCUUCAAAGUUAAACAGGUGAAACGUGAUUUUAAAUUGAUUAUACAGAGACUCCGGUAUCGCACUCAAACCCCAAACUCUCUGUGAGAUUAAAUAAAAACAGACUAUCAAACAACUAAAUGAAAUAUAAGUUCCGUACGAUGUUCUAAUGAUCUUCGUCUGAACAGAUGGUUGAGUAAUUAACUUGUUCGGUUACUAGAGAUAUUGUGGGAGGUGUGAAUUCCAUUUUUAUUUUUUAGAGAAAAGUAUACUUUAAUUGAAGUCCCUUGAGAGCGGAAAGAGAUAAAAGAAAAAACAAACAGGAAAGUGAAAUUGCGUACAAGUUGUUUCCGUUGUUUGAGACCUGAACAACAUAAUAGUGUAAGUGAUUCUGAUAUCACAUUUGCAGUCUCCGUAAAGAUAAAUACGAAUUUAUAAUUUUGAACGAUUCGAUUGUACACAUGCAUCUCUUUUGGAUAGAGACCAACUACGUUUUAAUCUCUUCAUAUGUUCAGUGAUAUCUCAAAACAGAUAAAGUGCCUCAACUAUAGUUAACGAUUUAACUUACGCAUGUGCAUGACUAUACUUUAGAUUUAAAGUAAUUUCACAACACAUCACUACUUCCUUGUGUUUAAUAUUCUGAACUAAUGGGCUGAAGGUCUGACAGCAACCAUCAAGAAAAGAAACCAUACUUACUAGUGAUAUUUUUUUAAAAACUGAUUCUAAAGAAUUAUCAUUUAUCAUUCUGCAAACAACAUUAGAGACUUACACGAAAUAUCACAGUCAGAUAAAAGGGAUUGAGAAUUGCACACGGAGUAAAGAGUCAACCAUGAGUGCAUUUGACAGCCUCUCAGUUAUAGACAGUAGAACCUUAAAUGCUAAAAUUUUAGCACAUAAACUGUGUAUUGAAGAAGUUUUAAUUAAACCGCCACCCAAUGAUGGUAAUUUAUAUUGUAAUGCUACAUUUGAUACUUGGGGAUGUUGGAAUUAUACCUUAGCUGGUGAACAAGCUGUAAUACAGUGCCCAUUACACAUCUUUCCUAAAAGUGAAGAGUACGCUCACAAAGACUGUGAAGACAAUGGUACAUGGAGAGUUUUCCCGCCUAAAUAUGAACCGUGGAGUAAUUAUUCACAGUGUUCUAGUUGGGAGGAGCCCCAUGAAGAUAAUGGUUAUAUAUAUGUAUUUAUUGCUGGUUAUUGUUUAUCACUAAUUCUACUCACCAUCUCACUUGUUAUUUUCUUUGCAUUUAGACAGUUACGAUGUGAACGCAUAACUAUCCAUAAAAACCUCUUCUUUUCCUAUUUAUUUACUGGUAUAACUUGGAUCCUAUACUUCACAAUGGUUGUUCUACACGGGGAUGUUAUUGUUGCUAAUCCGACAUGGUGUAGAGGUCUUCAUAUUAUAGCUCAGUAUUGUACUGUAUGUAAUUUUGCGUGGAUGUUUUGUGAAGGGGUAUAUUUACAUACUAUAAUGGUACAAGCUUUUAGAUCUGGUAAAACUCUACUCAUCUGCUGUAUUGUAUUAGGAUGGAGUGUACCAUUGAUAUUAACGGCAGUGUAUGCUGGAGUACGGGGUUCCUUCUACGAGCAUUCCCAAGAUUGUUGGAUAUUCCCAAACAACUACCAAUGGAUUCUGUUCGGACCAGUAGUCGCAUCAGUAGUUAUCAAUAUCUGUCUGUUGAUAAAUAUUAUUCGUCUACUGAUCACUAAAUUGAGACAGAUACCAGAAGCUUCACAAAGCAAGAAAGCUGCUCGUGCCACCUUAAUUUUGGUACCAUUGUUUGGUCUUCAGUAUUUGAUUUUCCCAGUUCAGCCGGCUAAAGAUUCGCCCUUUAACCCGUUCUAUCACUACUUUAUAGCCAUGUUAACGUCAUUACAGGGGGCGCUUGUGUCGAUUAUGUACUGUUUCUGUAAUGGAGAGGUAUUAGCAGUAAUUCGCCGGAAGUGGCAUCAACACCAACUUAUGACUGGUCACAUGAGGAAAAACACAGGUCUCUGCACUACCACAACCUACACGGAAGCCUACUCGACUGUCCAAACUUCUACCCGGGAUCUCAGCACAUCUUGUGCUAAAGCUAAGGUGGCUUCUGAUAUGUUGAAUAAAACGAUAGAUACAGUGGAGAUGAAACCGCUUCAAAUUGAACAAUCGUCUACGUGAGUUAUGUGCCCUUUGUGCCAGGAUGGCCUAAAUGCUCAAAAUUCACUGGCGGACCACAGUUUGCUUCUUUUGUUUAUUCAGUAUUUCUUUUGAAUGUAACCAUACAUAUACUUGUGAAUUAAAGCAAAAGGGUGGACCUUAAACUAUAGCAAAAUCUGAUAAAUGAUCUGUGAUUUUAGAACAUCCAUUUAUUCAGACCAUGCGGUAGUUUUGCUUGGAAAAGAUGGGGAUGAUGGUUGCAUUAUGAUUAUGAAUUGACAAGGGGCGCAAAAGUUUAAGAUAUCGAGGAGCUUCUAGAAAGAAGGAAAAGAUUGCGUUCGGGUGUUAAUUGAAAUUAGAGCCAUAUUUUGAUCUAUGCUAUAAUGGCAGAAUAGGCAAGAGGUUUAAUGACUGUACGUCUAUUCACGAUAUUUUCCUCAAGAAUAGGCCUAUGACUUUUCAGAACUUUCAUCUUUAAAAAGUUCUUUCAAUGCAUUAUUUUAAAGUCAUUUUAACAUUAUUCUAUUUACUUACGCCCAUUUUUCAACUGUUGAAGGUAUAAUAUAUGUCUCGAUUUUAAAUUAUAUUAAGAUUUGUUAUGUAAUAUUUGUAUUUAUUAUGACCAUCUCAAUUCAUGUGUAUAUUAAUUACGUAUGAGUAAUGUAUAACGAGUAUCUCGAAUUUAAGUUAUCUCAAUUUAUAUUAAUUAUAUAAUAGUCAUGUUUUGUGACUAUCUCGAAUUCGGGUAAUUCCAUGAUUCGGGUCAUUUUUAAGUGUCUAUUUAGAAUUCGAGUUAUUUCAAUUGAUAUUAAAUUUAUUCAAUAAAACU